AAUUAUAAUGUAAUAUAUAUCAUCAGUUUUGCAGAUUGAAGACCCACGAGGUUUGCGUGAGUUCACCGCCAACAGCUGUAAAGGCGACGACACCGCCGGCAACACCUGGAAGAGAGGGAAGACGCGGGAGUGCAAUGGUGAACACGGCUCAGAUAAAAAAAGGCUUCCUGAAAGACCUGAGAAAUCAAAGCACAGUUUUAGGGAGUACUGCCAUGUUUUUCGUCCUGGCUGUCGUGGAAGAAUUAUUGGAGAUGACGUUUUCGUGCCCGUGUGAACCAAACUUGAACAAGUUAUACGUGGCACUGUUCUUCUGUUUACCUUCCCUCACCUUUGCCUUCAUUUCUGCCAUUGCGCACGAAUGUCCGCGGAAUUGCUCGGCAGAUGGGAAGAAAGCGUGGAGGUUUGUUGUGAGCGUACUCGCCCCUCCGGUUAUGUGGCUGGUGUUGCUUUUGCUGGACGGCGAUUACCUGAUUUGUGCCAAGUCGCCAGGAACCGUCAGGAUCCACAACGUUACCAGGAAGCAGGGUGCGAAUCCGUGCGAGGCAAAGGCAUCCGAUGGAGGAGCGGUGGACAACGCGGACAGAAAAGUCGUCGCCGCGCUCUUACAAUCGCAGCUCAGUGGUGGUAUCAUACUCCUCAUCGUCUUGUUUAUAGUGAUGGUGGUGAAAUGCUACAGAGAAUGUUGUUCAGAUUCAGAUGGAGGGACUUCUGAGAUGGAAAUGGAAGGCGGUUUAAUGAACAGAGGCAACCAUCCUAACCCUGACAACCCAUAACCUCAUCCUGAUCAACCCAGCAACAGCUCAACAUCCCCAACAAACCGCCAGAAACACGAAGGGUUCAAGUUUACCAACCGAGCCAAGUGAAGCUUUAUCAGCAACCACAUAACAAUGGGGUGUGUGGUAGUAAUGGGGGUACAAGAGUGUGGCAUUAGUGGGGCAUAGUAUUAAUGGCGUAUGUGGGGUGUGGUGUUAUGAGUUCUCGUGGCUGUGGUAUUGGUGGGGU